AUGGGCUCCACAAACUCCCCCCCAACCACCACCACCACCACCACCACCACCGACCUGACCACUCUCCCCCCCGCCACCUCCUCCACCCUCAUCCUCACGCACCCCACCCCGGCCGAGCGCGAGCGCACCGCCCGACACACCUAUCCCACGUGGGGCUUCGCACUCGCCGAGGCGGACUACCUGGCGCGCGAGGCGUACCUCACGACCGUGCCACUGGCGCGCGACGGCGGCAUCACGCACUGGAUCCUGACGGACGCGCGGCUGCCGCCGGACGGGCGGCCGAUCCUGUCGUCGUGCGAGAGCUUGCGGAAGAGAGCGGUCGUGGUGAAUGCUGCUGCGAAGGGGAGGAGGGGGGAGGAGGGAGGUGGUGGGGUGUUGGUGGAGGGGGUGGCGCAUGGGAUUGCGAGCGUUUUUACGGAGCCGGCGUUUCGCGGGAGGGGGUACGCGAGUCGCAUGAUGAAGGAGGUCGGGGAGAAGUUGAGGGUGUGGCAGGCGGGUGCGGCGGUGGCGGCGCCCGGGGUGGCGGUUGCAGUUGCGGAAGGGGGGGAGGUGGCGGUGGAGAAGAGCCAUUCGCUGUUUUCGGUGUUGUAUAGUGAUAUUGGCAAGACGUUUUAUGCGAAGAAUGGGUGGGCGCCGUUUGAGAGCUCGCAUGUUUCGUUUAGGCCGGUGGAGGGUGCCGCGGCCGGGGGGGAGGGCCAAGUCGCGAAGGCCCUGGGGUACCAUGAGCUGGCGGAGCUGUGCGCGGUGGACGAGAAGUUGCUGAGGGCGGAUCUGGCCCGCCGCCGGGACGGCAAGCCGCAUGUGGCCAUCUUGCCGGAGCUGGAUGCCUUGCUGUGGCAUCUCAUGCGUGAGGAUUACAUGACCAAGUCGAUCUUUGGAAAGACACCAACGGUCAGGGGUGCGGUGGCUGGCGAGCCCGGGAAAAGGAUCUGGGCGGUGUGGAUGAGGGGCUACUACGGCGGGCUGAAGAAGCUGGAGGGGAAUGUUCUGCACGUUCUGCGGGUCGUGGUCGAGGAUCCCAACCAGCCCGAUGAGGAGCUGGUGGCCGGAUUCCGGUCAAUUGUGCAGAUUGCACAACAUGAGGCGGCCGAGUGGAAGACGCAGGAUAUCCACAUUUGGAACCCGGAUCCGAAGCUCAAGGGCCUGGUCGAGAAGUGCGGGAUUGAGUCCGAAUUUGUCAAGCGAGACAAGGACAGCAUCGCUAGUUUGAGAUGGUAUGGCGAGGAGCCAACUACCGAGGUGGAUUGGGUGGCUAACGAGAAGUACGCCUGGUGCUGA